GCAGCCUGGGUGACUGAGUUUGCCGACGGCACGAUGCUGCGGCUUAGCGUUCGUUCAGGACCGAAGGUGAAGAAGUCGCAGAUUACGAACAAGUCCGAGCUCCGCCGGGUUGCGAACGCUGAGAGCGUAUGUGUCGAUCUCGCCCCAUCGCGAAACACCGAGAACUAUGAAUUGGCAGCACUUCUGUCCAACAGCCUCCAAAUCAAGGCAGAAGACGUGGAGUUCGUGGCUGGUGGCAGGAAGGAGAAAGCAAGUGGAGACCGAACAGCGCAUAUUCGCGGCAUUGCAAAGCACGAUCUGAUGGACCGCCUGCUGUCCUGA